UGACGUCACACGUCACAAUUCAUAACAGCUGUUCCAUUUAAAAAUAUAUUAAAAUUAAUAAAAUUGUAUAAUUAAAAAUAAUAUUAAUAUCAUGACUCGUCAAGCUGAAGGGGAAGAAUAUUGGCUGAAAUAUUUAUCAGAUAUUCCUACUAACUACAAAUGUGCAGUAGGUUUAAUAUUAGGACAGGUAGUUUCUCAAAAAUAUCAUGUGUUUCACUUUGCAAAAACGCCACCCUUUCAAACUGACGAAGAUAAAGCUGCCGGAAAACCUCUUGUAACUAUGAAAAAUAUUUUAGAGAUAAAUGACAGUUUUGUGGCAGAUCACGCUCUACAAGCAACGAGAAUGUUGCCAGGAGGAAUGCAUGUACUGGGUGUUUUCGUAGUAUCAGAUGAAGAGAUACUCAAUCCCUUUAACUCAAAACUUCGUACAUUAUUGACAACAGUUAACAAGACAUUAGGAAAUCAGAAUUAUCUCUUCGGUAAUUGUGGUAGUGAAAAAUUAAUUUUUCACUAUUCAGGAAAAACAAAAAGAUACCUUGCGAAAAGUUAUAAUGUUGCAAGUUCAAGUAUCACACCUGUCGACUUUAAGUUCCUCCCUAAAAUAAAUAAUUGGCUAAAUUUUGAAUUUAAAUACGUGAUUGAUUAUUUGUAUUUUAUAAGUGGGAAUAACUAUGAAGGACCAUUGAAUAGACAUAUUAAGAUUAUUUUAGACAAUAUUAAUAAGAAACUUCAAAAAUAUUUCUUUUUGUUUAAUGACGAGUUUAAAGAAUCAGAUGAAAGGAUAGAAAGCAUAAAUAAAAAGAAAAAAAUACCAAGAGGUUCAUCCAAAAGGAAUAUUGAUAAUAAUGCUGAAGAAAAACCCGUUCAAGUAUCCAUUUAUGAGGAUACAUAUUCCAUGGAAAUUCCUGAUAAAAUUGAAACUGAAAAAGUAAUGGGUCAGAUAAGAAUCAUAGGCGAGGUAGCUAGUAAACUUUGGUUGAACCCGAAAACCACGAUUAGUGAGGUUGAGCAGGCUAUAAAGGAAGAUAUAAUGCGAAGUUUAUCGGGAAGGGUGGAUAUGCACUGGGAUUCUUUAACAGAUGAAGAAUUAGGCGAGAAUAUUAAUACUGUCCAUGAACCUCCAAGAAGAAUGCUGAUAACACUGCCAGAUAGUAACAUUUCCAUUUCUGAUUACUUAUUUCCUGGUGAAGGUGCUGAAGAUGUUAAAACAUCUUUGGAAGAGUUACUUGAUAUAAAGGCAGGCAAUGAGUUAGAAGUACUAGAUCUAGAAGGCCAAGCAGAUAUAUCACAAUAUUAUCAAGAAACAUCUAGUCCAGAAGCAGAAUGUGACACUUUGAUACCACAAGUUUCUACAAAUAUAAGUUCCCAUAAGUAUUUAAUAGGAGUAGGUACAGGAUUUUUAAUACUUGUCAUUUCAAUUAUUCUCCAUAUAUUUUUAAAGGGAGAUAAUGUAAAAUAGUAAUGUUUGAUAUAUUUUAUAAUUUUGCUUAAACAUUUUGUAUGUGUAUGUUUUUCUGGUUUUAAGAGGCUUUAAAUAGGUAUUAUGAAAUAAAUAAAGGAUUUUUUAUAUUUUA